AUGGACAUCACCACCCUCGACUACGCCACCCAACAGGACUCCUCUGAUCCCCUCCACCACCUCCGCGACCUCUUCACCAUCCCAACCAAAGCCGACCUAUCCCGUAAAACUCUCCAACAAGACUCCAAUCCCAGUGACCAGACACAACAAUCAACCUACCUCUGCGGCAACUCCCUCGGCCUCCAACCCGCUUCCACCGGCGCCUAUUUCCAGCAAUAUCUCUCCACCUGGGCCUCCAAAGGCGUCUACGGGCACUUCAAACCCAUUUCCGACUCCAAUCUCGCACCAUGGAUGAACGUCGACGACGACGUCACAGAGGACAUGGCGAAGCUUGUGGGAGCAAAGGGGAGCGAGGUGGCGGUGAUGCAGACGCUGACGACGAAUCUGCAUCUGAUGAUGUUGAGUUUCUUCCGGCCGACGGAGGAGAGGUGGAAGAUUAUCUUGGAGGGGAAGGCGUUUCCUUCUGAUCAUUACGCGGUAGAAUCCCAACUCCACCACCACAACCUCUCACCGUCGGACGCCAUGAUCCUUAUCGAACCCCCCUCCACCGACACACUAAUCCUCCCCACCGAGCACAUCCUCUCCAUCAUCGACGCACACGCCUCCGAAACCGCUCUCCUCCUCCUCCCCGGCAUCCAAUUCUACACCGGCCAGCUCUUCGACAUCCCCUGCAUCACCGCCCACGCGCACUCCAAAGGCAUCGUCGUGGGCUGGGACCUCGCGCACGCCGUCGGGAACGUGCCACUGCGGAUGCACGACUGGAAUGUCGAUUUCGCCGUGUGGUGUACGUAUAAGUACAUGAACUGCGGGCCGGGCUCUAUCGGCGGAUGCUUCGUUCACGAGCGGCAUAGUCAGGUCACCAGCUCCGAUGGAACGACGCCAGAGUAUCGCCCGCGGAUGGCAGGUUGGUGGGGCUCGUCCAAGUCCUCGCGGUUCGCUAUGACGAAUCACUUCGAGCCGAUACCUGGUGCAGCCGGGUUUCAGAUCAGUAAUCCUUCGGUGGCGGAUCUGACGGCUGUGAGGGCGAGUUUGGAUGUUUUCAAACAGACUUCCAUGGAGGAGUUGAGAAAGAAGAGUUUGGGGCUGACGAAGUAUCUGGAAGAUCUGCUCGCGCAUCUUGCUAGCGAGCAGCAGAGGUCCUUCGGAACAUGCUUUAGCAUCAUCACGCCUACGGAUCCGGCGCAGCGAGGUGCGCAGCUGAGUGUGCUGUUGAAACCUGGAUUACUCGAUUCGGUCAUGGAGACGCUGGAAGAGGAAGGCGUGGUGGUGGAUGAGCGACGGCCGGAUGUCAUUCGUGUUGCUCCUGCGCCGCUAUACAACACCUUCACCGACGUCUUCAACUUCAUCAACGUCUUCCGGCGCGCUUGCGAGAAGGCUGUUUCGAGCAAGGACAGUGGCGGAGAGAGUACGAUUGCCGAUGCUGGAAAGGAGAAUAAGGGGUGGAGUGAGGUGAAAUAG